AGGGCAAGCGAGGCUGGGCACGGGCGAGCGGCAGUAGCAUCCUCCUCCUCCUCCUCCUCCCUGUCCGUCCAUCCCUCCAUCUCCAUCAUCUCCAUCCCUUUGCCGUCGGCGGCGCCGCCAAGAUGUUGGAGAUCCAGCUGGACGAUGGCGGCGUGGGGGGCUACCCGGGCGACGACUACUGCUCGGGCUCGGUGAUGUCGGAGCGCGUCUCCGGCCUGGCCAACAGCAUCUACCGCGAGUUCGAGCGCCUGAUCCACUGCUACGACGAGGAGGUGGUCAAGGAGCUGAUGCCGCUGGUGGUGACCGUGCUGGAGAACCUGGACUCCGUGCUGACCGACAACCAGGAGCACGAGGUGGAGCUGGAGCUCCUGCGCGAGGACAACGAGCAGCUCCUCACCCAGUACGAGCGGGAGAAGGCGCUGCGCAAGCAGGCCGAGGAGAAAUUCAUUGAAUUUGAAGAUGCUCUGGAACAGGACAAGAAGGAGCUGCAGAUACAGGUUGAGCACCUGGAAUUUCAAACACGGCAGUUGGAGCUGAAGGCCAAAAACUAUGCAGACCAGAUCUCCCGGUUGGAAGAACGUGAAUCGGAAAUGAAGAAAGAAUACAAUGCCCUUCAUCAACGCCACACAGAGAUGAUCCAGACCUACGUGGAACACAUUGAGCGUUCCAAGAUGCAGCAGGUGGCAGGGAAUAGUCAAAACGAGGGCGGUCUUCCUGGGAGGAGUCACCGUCAGUCAUGGAGGAAAAGGAGCCGUCCCAAUUCCUUGAACAUCCCCCUCACAGAUGGCAUGGUACGUGGGCAGGUGGGGGCCAAGAUCGCCCCUGCAAUGGACCACUGGCACCUGACUGACCUUGGCCAGCUGCAGUCCCACUCCGGCUACAAGUGCCCGACUGAGCAGAUGUCUGAAUCCGGACAGUCCUCUGCUGCUGCGACACCGAGCACCACCGGGACAAAAUCCAACACGCCCACCUCGUCGGUGCCCUCUGCUGCUGUCACUCCCUUGAACGAGAGCCUUCAGCCCGUGAACGAUUAUGGCAUCACACCCAAGAACAACAAGCGGUCUCGAGAGAAGCGGAACAGCCGAAACAUGGAAGUCCAGGUCACCCAGGAGAUGAGGAAUGUGUGCAUAGGAAUGGGAAGUAGUGAUGAGGGGUCAGAGUUUCAAGACUCAACACCUGAGUUGGACAUGUGUCAAGAUCCAAGGUUGGAGCGCACUGGAAACAGCCCAACGCAAGGUAUUGUCAACAAAGCCUUUGGCAUCAACACGGACUCACUGUACACUGAGCUGACCGAGGUGGGCUCCGAAGCCAUUGGAGAUGUGGAUGAAGGAGCAGAUCUGUUAGGGGAGUUUUCAGUACGGGAUGAUUUCUUUGGAAUGGGCAAGGAAGUGGGGAAUCUCUUGCUGGAGAAUACGCAGCUCCUGGAAACCAAAAAUGCGUUGAAUAUAGUGAAGAAUGACUUAAUUGCAAAAGUCGAUCAGCUCACGGGGGAGCAGGAGGUGUUGAAAGGAGAGCUGGAAGCAGCGAAGCAGGCAAAAGCCAAAAUGGAAGCGAGGAUCAAGGAACUUGAGGAGGAGCUGAAAAGAGUGAGAUCGGAAGCGAUAGUUGCCCGACGAGAGCCCAAAGAAGAGGUGGAGGAUGUAAGCAGCUAUCUCUGUACAGAAUUGCAGUCCUCCUCCCCCCUGCAGGACAACAUCCCCAUCGCCCAGAGGCGGCGCUUCACCCGUGUGGAGAUGGCCCGCGUCUUGAUGGAGCGCAACCAGUACAAGGAACGGCUGAUGGAGCUGCAAGAAGCCGUCAGGUGGACAGAAAUGAUCAGGGCCUCCCGGGAGCAUCCUUCAGUCCAGGAAAAGAAGAAAUCUACAAUUUGGCAAUUCUUCAGCCGCCUGUUCAGUUCCUCCUCCAGCCCUCCGCCUGCAAAGAGGAACUACCCGUCAGUGAACAUUCAUUACAAAUCCCCCACAGCCGCUGGGUUCAGCCAGCGCCGCAGCCACACCAUGUGCCAGAUCUCCGCUGGGAACCGCACCCUUGAGUUCUUCCCAGAAGAAUUGAGAAGUAACACUGUUGCUUCUCUCCUCAGUGACUGUACGUCAUCCGCACGCCGCGAGCAGAAGCGCGAGCAAUACCGCCAGGUCCGGGAACACGUGCGGAAUGAUGACGGUCGCUUGCAGGCUUGUGGGUGGAGUCUGCCUGCCAAAUACAAGCAGCUGAGUCCCAAUGGGGGUCAGGAAGAUAACCGUAUGAAGAAUGUCCCAGUGCCUGUCUACUGCCGACCUCUGGUGGAAAAGGACCCAACCAUGAAGUUGUGGUGUGCUGCGGGAGUCAACCUGACAGGCUGGAAGCCCGUGGAACCAGACACUGGGAAUGGACAGAAGCCCGAUCCGGGAUGUGAUCCUCUAACCUGUGACCGAGAAGUGGAAGGAGAGAACGGCAAGAGCAACCACACAUCUCCCGAAAAGAAAAAGGCCAAAGAAUUGCACGAGAUGGAUGCCACGUCCAGCAGAGUGUGGAUUGUCACAAGCACUUUAUCCACAAGCAAAAUUGUGAUCGUGGAUGCCAACCAACCUGGCACUGUGGUGGAUCAUUUCACUGUCUGUAACGCUCACGUCCUUUGCAUCUCCAGUAUACCAGCGGCUUGUGACAGCGACUAUCCUCCUGGAGAAAUCUUUCUGGAAGGGGAUUUGAAUCCUGAAGAGUCCUCGGGGACGGACAGUGUUUUAGCUGGCAUCACUCUGGUAGGCUGUGCAACCAGGUGCAACGUACCCAGUAGCAAUUGCUCCUCUCGUGGAGACACUCCAGUGCUGGAUAAAGGACAGAGUGAUGUGCCUGCAGUGAGCAAUGGGAAGAUCAACCAGUCUCAGUCCACUGAGGAGGCCACGGAGGCCACAGAGGUACCCGAGAAUGGCUCGAAUGAUAUGGAGCCGGCCCAAGUACGGCCCGGUCCGCUUACAGAGCACGUCUUUACAGAUCCAACCCCAGCUCCGAUGCCUGUACGGCAAAACAGUGAAAACGGACAGCCAAAGAUAGAGUCGAGCACGGUGGCGCAGGACCAAGAGGCAAAUGGCAACGCAGCUGGCAUGACCACAAGUUCUGCUCCUACCAUGUGGCUUGGAGCCCAGAAUGGCUGGUUGUACGUCCACUCAGCAGUCUCUAAUUGGAAGAAGUGUUUACACUCAAUAAAGCUGAAGGACUCAGUGCUGAGCCUGGUGCACGUGAAAGGGCGGGUUCUCGUGGCCCUGGCUGAUGGAACGCUUGCUAUAUUCCACAGAGGAGAAGAUGGUCAGUGGGAUCUCAGCAACUAUCACCUCAUGGACCUUGGCCACACGCAUCACUCCAUACGCUGCAUGGCUGUCGUUUACGACAGGGUGUGGUGCGGGUACAAGAACAAAAUCCACGUCAUCCAGCCCAAGACGAUGCAAAUUGAGAAGUCCUUUGAUGCUCAUCCCCGCCGGGAGAGCCAGGUCCGGCAGCUGGCUUGGAUCGGAGAUGGCGUUUGGGUUUCCAUCCGGCUGGACUCGACGCUGAGGCUAUACCAUGCGCACACUCACCAGCAUCUCCAGGAUGUAGACAUUGAGCCCUAUGUCAGCAAGAUGUUAGGGACUGGGAAGCUAGGUUUCUCAUUUGUGAGGAUCACGGCCUUGCUCAUUGCCGGCAAUCGUCUGUGGGUCGGGACGGGCAACGGAGUCGUCAUUUCCAUCCCUUUAACAGAGACCGUCGUGCUCCACAGAGGUCAGCUUCUUGGGCUGAGGGCCAAUAAGACCUCCCCCACCUCCGGCGAAGGGAGCCGCCCUGGAGGCAUCAUCCACGUAUACGGUAGCGAUGACGGGACGGACAGAUCAGCAAGCAGCUUCAUCCCUUACUGCUCCAUGGCUCAAGCCCAGCUUUGUUUCCACGGCCACCGCGAUGCGGUCAAGUUCUUCGUUUCCGUGCCUGGCAACGUUCUUGCAACACUUAACGGGAGUGUGUUGGACAGCCCUUCGGAGAACCCCGGCACAGCCACCAUCGAGACAGAGGGGAAGAAGCUGAAAAACGUCCUGGUGCUAAGCGGAGGAGAAGGUUACAUCGACUUCCGGAUUGGGGACGGUGAGGAUGACGAGACAGAGGAGAACGCAGGAGAUGCUGCCCAAGUGAAGCCCAUCCUUUCCAAGGCUGAAAGGAGCCACAUCAUCGUGUGGCAGGUCUCCUACAUCCCCGAAUGAGCUCCUCCUCCUUUUCCUGCUGACUGUCUUUUCCUCUCCCCGCCCUGACUCCCCGAAUGCCAAUAUGUACAUACGGAACUCCUGCAUUAUACCUACUGCUGGAAACCCAACCCCGGACAACCGCUGCACCCUCCUUGCACCAACGCAAGGUCUCCCUUCUCUUGUAACCUCUGACCUUGCCGCUUUCAUCUUGGGCCCACGCGCUUCCUCAGCUGGGUGGGUCACUGGAGGCAGAGAAGCUUGAGAGCGGAGCCCACUGCUGGGGAUCAAGAAACCCAGAGGGACUAAGUUGGUUCGGGGGGCUGGCUGAAGUAUUUGGUGACAGAUCCCUCCCUACCCCUCAGCUGCCCACCUGCAUGGAAAAGAGAGCUACUUCUUGGCUGCUUUACCCCUAGCACUGAAGCGACGCAGGGGGCUUGUGUCUCCCUACCACGCAACGUUAUGAAAAGAGGCGAUUUCCACAGCAGCACCACUCGCCUUCAUUGGAUAUUACCUGCUGUGACUCAGGAGCAGUCGAGACCCAAUUGGAGGAUCCAAAACAUGCCUUUGCAGCUGAGUUUGGAAGGAUUUUGGUAUGGCGGAAGGGAUCCCUGGUGUGCCCUUGAUAACCCAGAGAAUCACCUGAAACUAUUCCGUGGGGCUCCAUCAUGGAAGCUGUUGACAUCAGGGUCUGGCUGGGAGUCCAUUUGGAGACCUUUCAUUGAACAUUUUUCUUUUUGAAAGAAGGAUGAGAUAUCGCAAGUCAAAAAAUAGCCAAGGCUGGGAGUGUUCCUCAAGAGAUGGCGAUAUUUCUGAUUCCUGUGGCUGUUGGGGUAGUUUGUCAUGACAAGCAGUAUGUUGGCAGACGGAGAAGCCUUAGGGCUAACGAAUCAAUAGGGAGUGGCCAGGGGGAUUUGGGGGAUCCCCUGCCCCCUCUGGCACGGCACUGGAUGACCACUGAGGGGCACAUAUGGGAGAGAGGCCCUGCGUUUGAACUCUGGCAUUCCACCAGGAUAAAUUUGGGCUUUGGGUGGCCACAUGUAGCUGGGAAUCUCGGGGCCAGUUUAGGGGAUGGUACAGGAGGGAGACUGCGAGAGUGCUUUGCGUGUGUGAGAUGGAGCAGUGCCACCUGUGGGAUUGGGAGAAAGUCCUGAGUGGGGGGGAAGCAAAUGAAAAAGAGGCCAAAUGGGAGAAGAGUCGGAGGUUCUUUGCAAAAAUCUGGAGAGCAGCAGAAGUGACCGGGGGUGGUGGUGGGGGGUGGAGUGCCCUUCUCGAGGCAACUGCCUCAGCCAGACUCCGAGGAUGCAGGAGGUUUAGUUUCACAGUCAAGAAGCUGAGUUGACGUGGUCAGAUCCCACCUUUAAACGAUUACUCAAGAAACUGCAGGAACAGCCCAGACCACGGAAGUGCGCUUAUGUCACCUUAAAAUCCACAGAAAUGAAGCACUACUUGAGUUUUGUUGACUUCGCCGAGAGAACUCGUAAGGUUCCUGAAGCCGCUGGCACACCCGCGUUGCCUCGCAGAAUGGGGCACACCUCAUUACCAAGGGGGUGGCGGUCUGUCUCGGAGCACAUGGUGGGCCACCAACAGGACCAUCUGCCCCUUUCGUGGUGUUGACUGUCGGUGACGGAAAUUGCUGGAGAAAACAGCAGGGAGAUUGUGGCAGGCUCCCCCCCCCCCCUUUUUGCGUCUCUGAUCUGGUUCCGUUUGCUCGUUUGUUUUCUUCUUGCAACGGGCUUGCUCUUCUCGCAGAGCCGAGCGCUGCCAGCUAAAUAAUCUUGGGGGAGAAGUGGGGACGGGGUCUUCCCUGCAAAGACUAGAGGCCCAAGUAGCGUGUUUGUGGCUCAGGGAUAUUCCGUGAGGAUGCUUCCAAGCCCCUUGCCUUUAAAACCGCAAUUCUCCAGGACAGGGUCCGAACCAGCAUGAGCAAGAUUGAACAGUCAUGGGGGGUGGGAUGGGGGGAAUGCUUUAUGGUGCCCCCCGAUGACACCACUUCUGUCAGGCUUCACCUGACAUCAGGAGAGAUAGAUGCUUGAGAGUAAAUGUGGGGUUAUCUUUACUCAAAAUGAGAGUAUUGACGGGCCUCUUUUCAGACAUCAUGGGAAACCGUGGCUUAAUUAAAGUGGUUUGGGUGAUAGUCUGGAUACAGUGCCGACAUUAAAGGUCUGUUAACCACUGUCUGAAUUUAUUCUUUUUUAACUGCAGUUGGUCUUAACUAGGGGUUUCAUGUGAUGUCUGAAUGUGGGCAUGUUGGACAGUUGCCCGGUGACGGCCUCCUAGCCUACAAAGAGCACAGGAGUUGAGCGAUCCUCUGUUAUCAGCAUCUUGGUGAAGUGGCUUUGUGUGAUGUCAGGACUGAGCUGUUCAGGCUUGUGUGGCAACGAGGCAUUUAUUUCCCGGCAAAAAAUUUCUGGCUUUUCUCCCUUUCAGACCAAACUAGGCAGACGCAGCAGCUCGACUACAUGAAUUGAUGACUUCAUUUAGCUUAUUGGCCGUAGCGUUCGCCAUGCCAGGCAUCCCAGACUUGCAAGAGCGUUUGGAAUGGCAAAAGUCAUCUUUCUUUGCUACAGGAGUGGAGUUACGCUGUCAGAUAGAAAAAAACCCUCAUGCAUGCAGCCAGUCAGGCGCAGGGCUGUGAUUUGGUGGCAGAGCAGCUAUUUGCAUGUCCGGGACUGAUCUCUGGCAUUUCCUGCAGAAAGGAUCAGGCACUAAGCAAAUAAAGACCUUGAACUCAGACCAUGUUCGGCAGUUGCCAGUCAGAGCAGACAAGAUGGAUCACGAUAGACCAGUGGCGUGAACCAGUAGCAGACAGCUUUAUGUAUACCAGACCAGGAAGGUGAGUAGCCCCUCGUUCGUGAUUCUGAAAGCAGCACAGGCAAGUUCACGGUAGCGCACCACUAGGAGCGACAUCAUGUGCCACAGUUGUAAAACUGACCUAUCUGUUGCCAAAACAAUUCAAGAGACAGGUUGGCUCUCCUGUAGCAUUGAGGGGCAGAACUGUGAAACAAAGGCCCCUUCCGUGCAGGCAGAAUAGUGCACCUUCAGUCCACUCUCACAAUGGUUUUCCAGUGGAUUUGGCUAUUCCGCCCAGCUGCAAAGUGUGCUGGAAGUGGGCUGACAAUGCAUUAUUCUGCAUGUGCGGAAGGGGCCUAAGUCCGCCUGCAGCCCCUGCAGUCUUUGGCCAGUCAAACUUGUGCUUGUUCGCCUCACUAUUCCACGUAUGGGCUGGAAGAACUCUUGUUAAUUUUUUUGCAUCCUAUGUUUUCCUUGAAAAGAAGCACACGUUCAAAAGGGGGAGGGGGAGUGCAGGAGAAAGGCACAUCGCUGCGGACCACCUGUUUGGCAGAGAGGUGAAAGCUUAUUGGCUUGAACACGCACACACACACACAUAACCUCCCCACCUCAUCUCCACUGUGAUGUAUGUAAAGUUAACUUGUACGUUAUUUAAAAAAAUGAUUUUUUUAAAAAAGGAAAAAAUUGUCUUAAGGGCCUGUAAAACUCUGCUGUUUUGGUCUGAAGAUGUAAAGAGAUGUUUGGGAACAACAACAAAAUAAGUCUCCUGUGCUUCGUCCCCCCCCCCCCCAUAUAUGCUAUCAAACAAAACAAAUCAUAUCUGUUCUGUAUGUAAUAAAAUGUGUCAACAUUAGA